AUGUCAGACCCCACUGCAGCCCAACAAGAGUUCUCUCGUCUUGUUAGCAAUACUUCAUCAGACGAUCACAUUCACCCAGAAGACCGUGAAGAAGCAAGGUUCAACCGCCACGAAGAUCUCACCGAGGAAGACGAAUACCGCAACGGUCAAAUCGACGCAGCUAUGAGGAUCCCCGCUUUCGACAGGCUCAACGGCGGUGCGGCCGCUGCCGAGAUCAAGCUUCCUCCUGUUAGCUUCGACUCGGGUCGCUCCACUGGUGUCAAGGGUGUCAUUGCCGACGCGAGGUCCUACGAGAUGGCCAAGAAGCAGAGGUUCAUGAGCGCCGUCCGCACAGCCCGCCGCUCCAUGUUCGGCACCGAUUCUACCCGGGCCAACCAACAACCAAAGUAUAACUCUGGAGAGAGUGAAACGGAUGGCGAGCUCAGCGGCAGCGACGAGGAGUCCUUCCUUCAGCAAUGGCGCGAAUCGCGCCGCCGUGAGCUUGAGAGCGAGAACAGCCGCGCACCCCGCACUCGCAGGACCAGCCCCAGCGCUCGUAUAUAUGGCCGCUUCGACGAAGUCGACGCUCUUGGCUACCUAGACGCCAUCGAGAAGGUUGGCCGUGACACUAUUGUCGUUGUCUUUGUCUAUGAUCAUGAGUGCCCUGUGUCCUCUGAGAUCGAGCGUGCUCUCAUUCCACUUGUAUCGCGGCAUACCGCGGUGCACUUCGUCAAGGUCCACUACGAGGAGAUUGAAUUUGAUAACGCUGGUGUCCCGGCUGUUCUCGCCUACAAGAACCAGGGAGAUCUUUUCGCCAACCUCACGGGAAUUAUUGAGAUGAUACCCGAUGAUGAUUCUUUUGGUACGGACUCGCUACAAUCUCUCUUCAGGAAGCACGAUAUCUUGGAGUAA